AUGGCAUCGCAAAAUGCGGAACAAAUACGUGCUUCGGUUCUACAUGGCGCCGGAGAUUUGAGAAUAGAAUCCCGCUCCCUUCUCCCUCCAGGUCCCAACGAGCUCCAAGUAUCCGUCCGCUCCACCGGCCUUUGCGGCUCUGACCUACAUUACUAUCGUCACUAUCGCAAUGGCGACAUCAUUGUCCGUGAGCCCAUGUCUCUGGGCCAUGAAUCUGCGGGUGUCGUGGUCGGCGUAGGCUCAGGGGUGAAUAAUUUCAACGUUGGGGACAAAGUUGCGCUAGAAGUGGGCCAGCCGUGCGAGCAGUGCGAGAGAUGUAAGGAAGGGCGAUACAACAUCUGCAAACAAAUGAAGUUUAGAAGCAGUGCCAAAGCGUUCCCGCACGCACAAGGAACAUUGCAGGAUAGGAUAAACCACCCGGCAGCUUGGUGUCACAAGUGAG